AUGGCAAUGUCACAAAUCCCACUCGUAGCCGUUCCAGGCCAGCUGCUCGGUUCCAGUAGUGAAUAUCUUCCAGGUCCAGGUACACACAUCCAUUCCUCGAAUCUCUAUGCCUCCAUCCUCGGACCCAUCAAAACCGUAGCACCGCCCAAACCUAGCUAUCCGCAAAAACGAGCCACGAAGAUUACGCCUGCGGCACUUGUACCUCUCUCUACCGUCUCCAUUGAAAGAGCUACGGUUACGGGAGACAAGGCGGAAAUUAUACCUGAGGUGAAUAGCACGGUUUUAUGCCGAGUUACGAGAAUCACUCCGCGACAAGCGACAGUGGCGAUAUUGGUUGUAGGAGAGACGGUUUUGGAGGGGGAAUGGCAGGGUCUGAUUAGAGUGCAGGAUGUCAGGGCUACGGAGAAGGAUAAGGUUAAGAUUUUUGAGAGUUUUAGACCGGGGGAUAUUGUGAGGGCUGUUGUGAUUUCAUUGGGUGAUCAGUCAAAUUACUACCUCAGUACGGCGAGAAAUGAGUUGGGCGUUAUUAUGGCAACAAGUGAGGCGGGUAAUGCGAUGUACCCGGUUAGUUGGAAGGAAUAUAAAGAUCCGGAAACGGGAUCAAGUGAGAGUAGAAAGGUUGCGAAACCGUUUUAG